ACAUUGCUAAGGCAGACGACAUCCAUUGGAAAGCAACACAGCGUGAAAUAUCGAUCAAAUUUGUUUGGAACUUUCUUGGAUGUUGCUUUUUGUUGUCAAGGUAGCAUUUGGGUGAUUAUAUACAUCCCAAAUUAAUUAUUGAGAACAUUUCCUGAUGCAUGCCCCUUGAUGUACAGUGAACAUCGUCUUAAAGGAAAGACUCAACAUUGAGUUGUAUGUUUCCGUGCCAUCAAUGUGCCAUUUCACGUGUGAUGUUCCGCGAGAAAUGAUGAUCGUUACGUGACACCGUGAAUGCCUCGAAAAUGAGAGCAGCGAGAUGGGACGUCAAAGAAAAGGACAACUGAACAUCGCAUUUGUCUAUUUCUAAAACAGAUACAUUGAUUCCUAUUUCGGACUUUUCAUCUGUCCAAACACCUUUUGUAUGGGACAGCAGAAAACCACUAUUCGUCUGGACGAAAUAGGAAUUUUGAAGACUGAUUAUCACAUAUUGAUACCACAAUUAUAGAUGUUGUAUAUCUGUUGAUGAAUCUACUGUGUUGGUGAUUGGACAUUGUGGAGUGGUUACAUCGACGUUAUUGACAUCUGAACAACACUGGAUCAUACGGACAUACAUUAUAUUGGCGACUGGUCCCUUGAGCAGAUUUAGUCACCAUGAGUGUCCAGGUAUUAACGGACAGUGGUGUGAGCUCUGCGGCCAAGUCCGUGACUAUAUGUUGUGGCAGUCCCGACGAGGAUGACAGGAUGACCAACACGACGUACUUCUCUGAAGAAGGACCAUUUGAUUCCUCGGACGAGUAUGACACAGAUCUGGAUCUACCGCUGCAUGCCAGAUCGCCGCCUCCUGAAACACCAGACGAAGACAAACUGGACGUGAUCUGUAGGAAGGUGUAUCGGAGGGCAUGCAGUCGCCAGACCCCUGCCAAGACGUACCCACAGCGCAGGAUAGAUGACGGGUUGGCCGAGAGGACCAUGCAUCUCAAGUACCGAACACUGGGUUGUAACGCCACGCGACCUCUGUCAGUUGCCCUGACGAACAACCUGCGUGUGGAACGCCUGGAUCUCCAAUACGCAGACAUGAAGACUGAAGGCGUGAAGGACCUCGCCAUGGCGCUCUCAGACAACAUCACUGUGUCUUACUUGAACCUUGGAAACAAUGACAUCGGCACAGACGGGACAAAGUGGAUCGCAUAUCUGCUUCUGAAGAACAAGCUGAUAAAACACCUGAAUAUAGAAGGAAACAAACUCACGGACAAUGCCGCUCCUCACCUCGCUAUGGUGCUUGAACACAACACUAGUUUGAGUAUUUUAGAUCUAAGCCACAACGAAUUCUGCGACAAUGGAGCAAAGCUUCUAGCAGCAGCACUUGGUCUCAACACAGGUUUGGAAACGUUUCGAAUAAGCUGGAACCACGUCAGAGGAAAGGGAGCUGUGGCAAUGUGUCAGAGUUUGAAGUACAACGAAACCCUGAAGCUGUUCGACGUGUCCAUGAAUGGAUUCGGGUACGAAGGUUCGGUCGCCAUGGCAGAAGCUCUGAAGGUCAACACGACCCUUAGAGAGCUGGACAUGUCCUCCAACAGGAUCACAUGGAAUGGGGCCCUCAUCAUGUCAAGGGGUCUCAAGGAUAAUGUUGGCCUUGAGAUACUCAGGCUUGGAAAGAACCCACUUUCGACUACUGGAUGUAUGGACAUCACAGAGGCAAUAACGUAUCCUGACUCCAAAGUAAAGUUCCUGGAUCUAACGGGAGUCUCCAUCAUCGCCGAGAACGAGGUGUUAGCUGACGCUGUCAGAAUGAGGAAGGGAUUCCGGUUUCUCCACGGAGGGAUAGUCAUGACCCCAGAUAAGUUUGGGGAGCGAAAAGCUCGGAAGAAGAGCCACAUGGAGGUGUUGAUGGAGUACAUGAGAAAGACUUGCAUCCGGCCAAUGGAAAUCAUCCGAGACUACGACAAGUCGGUCAACUUCGAAGUAGCCCAAGACAACUUUGUCGACAGACUUGUGCGUGCGAAUGUGCCUCUUCACAAGUUUGAGAUGCGAGCAUUAGCCAGGGCUAUAACGGAAAAUGAAAGCAGCGAAAAUAAAGACAAGAUCGACUACGUGAAACUGAUUGAGUCUGUCACUGAGCAAAUACUGGAGGACAGAAUCCGCAUUAAAAGUGAAAAGCGCAAGAUUCGAAAGACCAAACAGCACCACAAAAGGAUUCUGGCAAGCGGACUGCCAGAGGUACUAUAUGACCGAGGUAAUGGAACAGACAGCAAACAACGCACCUCCAGAACCAGCGGCUCGUCAUCCAUGAGUGCAAUAAACUUCAGCCAACUUAAUCUUGGCACCAUGUCCUAUACGUCUUUACCUAGUGUACCCGAUGUCAACAAGAACAUCCAAUCCCUUGAGAGCUCAUUGAUCUUUGGGCCAAAGAAGACCGUAAAUACGUCUGCUCCAAAACCAAAGGCGAUAUCAAUGUGUGCGGAUCUGGGUGAUCAAGGGAAAAAGAAGAAGAAAAAGAAGUCCAAAUCAGUUCGAAAAAAGAAGUCGAAGUCUAAAACACACGUAGAAACAUGGAUCUCGAAAUCAAAUUGAUGCCAUCAACAGCUACCUGAACUGGAUUAACUAAGAAACGGAAAUACAGAGUAUUUACAUUUGUAUGCCCAAAUGUGAUAUCGUUCCAUGGAUAUCCUAUGGAAAACAGGGGUCACAGUUAAUGCCCUAUGGAUCUCAAAAAUGCAUUUGGAACUUCUGAAAAAUGUUCCUCGCUUACGUCGGCCAGCUUUAAUGUAAGCGUAUUGAACUUCUUAUCUCAGUAUUAUUCCCUCGGCCUUUCGUAGCACAGUAUUGAGAUUAUUUUUCUAGCUACAAGUAUAUCACUGCGGGAUCAGACGGACAGGGUUACAGUGUAAGACGUUCGCAGAUUGCAUUUGGACACAUUGCGAUGUGUCACUUCGAAUUCCGGAUUGGAUUCCAUACCAGUCCCAGAAUUUGAGCUACAUCAGUAAAGUGUAAUUACAGAUAAAACAUUUGUUACAUUUCGUCACUUUCUAAAUGGCCUUGUGUGCUCAUCAGAUAGGAAAGACACUUUGACUACACCAGCUACCAAGACUGGUUACAGUAUAGUGGCUACAGUACUGCAUUGUGGAUUUCUGUAACAUUUUGUGUUCGUUCGUCAUGAUGCCAUGUUUGAGUUACAUCAACCCAACAGCAAUGUUAUACAGUAUUUACCACUCAGGUUUGUGUUCUCAUCAACUUGUUUCACUUCGUUCAAGUACAUGGGUCUGCAAACCAGUAAUGAUGAUAACGGUAAAUCUGGGAUUCGAACCCUCAAUCGCAGGAGCAAGUGUCAACCAUGGACAACGGGUUAAACUAUGCAUCAAGGAUGUACCACCAUAACCACUCAGUAUCGCAUAUCAUGUACCGCUCCGGGGUUUUUUAGUGGCAACUACAACGACUGCGCUACUGUGCAGGGAGCGUGUGACUUGGAAUUUUACACUGCUUUGGGUUACUGCAGUAUUUCAUUAUUACACUGAGGGAACUAUUAUAGCUGCCAUUAGUUUAUGGAUUUUCGAUUUGUAAAAUGUGAUAUCCUUGCACGGAAUAUGUAAAUGCGAUUAUGUGUUUUUUAUUUAUUGAAUAAAAGAGAACAUAACUCUAA